AUGGAGGCUGCCAAUCCGCUCGACAAAGACACGCCGCAGAAAUCCACAACAGAGGAUACAAAACAGGAAUUCCUGUACAAGUUGGCCUACACGGGAAUUACUCACAAAAAGGGGUACGAUUACUAUGUUCCCUAUCAAGUAGUGGAUAGGGAGAUGAAGUGGUUGAAGGAUCCCCGGGGGCUAGCGGAUCGAGUCGCGGCAGUGUUGCAAGCUGAUAACCCGAUUCUCGCCUUGGCGCUUAUUCGAUGGGCACAUCGUAGAGAUAUCUCGACCGUUGUGGCUUAUAAUCGCUUGUUGGAGUAUUGUCUGCGCAUGAAGGCUCCGAAGGCUGCAUUUAGGUUUUGGAAUGAUAUGAAAAAACGAGGAGUUCCUCCCAAUUUGAGGUCUUACACAACUAUGUUGGAUGGGCUAGCCCAGCCUUUCCCGAACGAGCGAGUCAAGCCGGUGGAAAUCGCACUGAAAGUCUACCGGUCUCUGCGAGAAUCCAAGUCUGGUGUCGAGCCCAAUAUCAUUCAUACCAAUGCGAUGCUCAAGGUGUGCUGGCACCACGGUGACUUGGAUACUCUAUGGCUGGUUGCUGGCGAGCUGCCGGAGAAUGGCCCGCUGGCUCCGGAUACGUAUACGUACACUACCAUACUACGAGCUAUCUCAGAUGUCACCCAGUCGCAGAUAGCCGCAAUGAAUCAACGAAAUCUCGAACCGAUCCUGGAAAGGAGAGCCCAGGGUAUCAAAGAGGGCAAACGGAUAUGGUCCGAUGUUAUCUAUCAAUGGAAGAAGGGCCGGCUGGCUCUCGACAGCCAUCUGGUUCACUCAAUGGCUCAGCUGCUGGAGCGCAUUUCGAGUUGUGACCAUGACAUCUGGGAGGUGUUUGCCUUGUACAAUCAAACUACUGGCCUUCCAAUUCUUGCCAAGGAGCCCCCAAUGGGGAGAAACCAGUCAUUCUCGAAGACUAGGCAUGAAUCUUCUGCCAUGAAAGACAAGCGUGUGGAGGAAGAUAUCCCAUUUGUGGACGAGGGCGAGAGACUCUGGGAAGACAAGCCCGAAACUUUAGCGCAAGAGGAAGGGGAAGAAGAAAAUUUCGAUGGCCUUUUCGACCCUGUUGUUGAGGCCGGUGAUUCAUCGACGCAACACGCCUCGGAAAAAGGCAAGUCUGCUCCGUCAUAUCUGCCAGUGAAAAACGUAGAACUGUCGAUGAUUCUACAAGCUUGCAUGACUAUGACCCAGGCGUUUGGUGUCGGAAAGAAUUACUGGCGGUACCUUACGCAAGAAGAGCACUCGCACAGCGUCAUACCUGAUGGGCCCUCAUAUCAUCAGUACCUACGCCUUCUGCGGAAUUCACGGUCCAGCCGUGAUGUUGUCCGGGUGAUUCGCGAUAUGAUGGAACCCCAAGGGCUUGCGGAUAGAAAGUCCUUUUAUAUUGCCAUGUCCUGCUGUGCUCGUGACCGCAGAAACCCCAAUGUUCUUAAGUACGCCAACGAGCUUCUAGACAUCAUGAGCAAGGCUCUUGUACUGCCUGACGCUCGGGUGUUGAAGCGUUACGUCGAUAUGGUUCUAUGGCUGCAGCAAAACCCGCAAUUCCUGAUGACGCUCAACGGCCUCAACUCGGGCGAAGGGGCUAACAAAACCGACCUGAGCGCUCUGGGCAACAGACUGAAAGCCAGCUUGCUGACGACUGCAGCGGAAAAUCUUCAUUGGCAUAUUUUCAAGCUCGAUAAAGCCGUGGACCAUAGUCUGCAGCCAGACCAGCGUAUGCAAGACCGACUGGCCCAGGCGGCCAAGUCAAGCCCACACGCCGUGAUGCUUGGGGAACAUGCUCUUAUAGCAAUAACCGAGAUGCGAAGACUACUUGACUUGAUCAAGAAGCACUUUUCGAAAUAUGUCGCCUCCGAUACGCUCGCGGAAAUCGAGAAGCAAGCUUUGGAGCUGAGAAAAUACUCUGGCCAGACGUUGACCAAGACGAUGCGGAAGAGCUUAAUUGGAGCAUCUCCCAGCUUGGCUAUCGAAUUGAAUGCGAAAGGUUCGACGAGUCCCGAGACGAGGGGACCCGAGUCCUUCGAAGAUGGUCCUCAGUCGAGUUGA